AUGUCUAUACGACCGCGGCGACGAAUAUCGCUCCUAUACAACGUCGGCCCUCGCUUCGACCUCCUGUCGGCCAACCCCGAGCCCUUUCGGCCGCAGACCGUGCGGAAGGGCAAGUCUACGUCGAUGUUACGCUUGGUGUUCAGGGCCAUCGUGGUAAAUUGGGACCCGUUGCUCGCGCUGCUGGGGUGCGUGAUUGUGGCUUCGUUUGUGGUCGGCAUGGUGGGCGACGUUCCCCGCUCCCUGGACGUGCUGAAGUACGGCGCGAUUGCUUGCGCCGGCCUCAUGGGGCCUCUGGUGUUGCAGGGCGUGUUACGUGCGCGGAGGUCUUUACGCGAUAUCACCGAGCUAGGCAUGGAGUUCACCCUCUGA